GGCACUCCGGAGCGAGAUCGUUCGCGGUUCCGCGGCUGAUUGAUGGACCGCGCGACGUUGAUUCGCCGCGGCGUAGGUGCAAGAGGGACGACCGUCACGUCCAGGAGAUGCGUGCCUAGAGGACGACUCGGAAUCCGGGAGCAAUGUGAACCAGGACGGCGCGCCGUCGUCGUGUAACACGAGCGGUGCCGAGUGCCAAGUGCCGAGCGCUUGCCUCGCGAAAAUCAGCGGUAUCGUGCACACACCUUUAUCUUGUAUUAUUUCCGGUGAGACGUCGUUCCCACCUGGAGAACGUCGGCGUCCGGAGGAAGCCCCGGCGCCCAGGACGCUUCUUCGUGACGCCCAGGUCAAGCGCGCCUUUCUCGAAAUUCGCAUUUCCAACUUCGUUGACAGUUCCUGCAACCAAGUGGCGAGACGCGGCUGCUCGCGAGUUUCGACAUCUUCAGCGUUUUGUGGUUCCGGAUCCACGACGAUCGGUCACCACGCGGGCUGUCUUCGGGGAGACAUCAGGUUACUCUGGAGGACAUCGCAAAGAAUCGCAAUACUCAACGUGUUAAGUAAAGAGUGACCUUGCAACGUUGCUGGCAAAGAUCUCGACGUGCAACCUCCUAGUAGCAUUCCUGGGCUCCACACGCGCCGGAUUAGUGCGGGAAAAAUGGAAAAUGAGAUGCCGAAGGUGAACACCAUGGUCGUAUUGGUAUCUUUACGCUCCAUCCUAAAGGCUGUCAGUAACUGAUAGCGAGCACAUGGAGUAACAGCCUCAUAGUAGGCUUUCAUUAAUUAUGUUACUUGAGAUCCGAGGAUGAUCGAUUUGAAAGGAUUUGUCGGAGGAUAGGCGAAGAGAAGUACUUUCUGGAUUGGGAUGCACAGAAUUGAACUAGGGUGAUAUCGAGAGAAACGUCCCCAGGAGGGUGAAAUGUUGAAAUUAGAAAACAAUGGAACAUCCAAAUUGGAGGGAAGCAUAAUGAUCGUAGAGAGCGUCGAUGUAGAGUCGUGUCUUAGAAGAUAGCCUUGAAAGGCGUUUCCAUGCUUGUUUGUGAUGGAAACUUAUUGAAACACCAUAUUAUGAUUGUGUCUACACAUGAUCCGCAUUAUACGGAUCUGCUGAGGUAGGCACUUCGGUGCCCCUGAUAAGUGAUCUCGAUGGAUCCCGUUGGUCCAUGGUAUGCUUCGUACAACCGUCUGGCUGCGGGAGGUACUGCGAGUACGUUUCAAGCCACUACAUCGAGUACAACCACUGACUUUGUGUCCCAUCACUUAGCUUCGGCAGCCACUCAAGCCGUUCCUUCGACAACGACGUCGCAGCUGCUUUUGCAAGCGGCUCAUACGACCGCUACCCUGGCAGGCCAGCCUUCACCGUUUAAUCCAGGAGGAUUUUUAUCACCGCCACCUGUGGGAUAUGACGUCUUCUCUCCCUUAUUUCACCACCCUAAUCCGAAACAAGCACAUUAUGUCACUCAACACAGACAGGCUCUGGCUCAAGCUCAAGUGGUCGGGGGAACGAAACAGAGCCCAGUUCCUGACUCUGACAUAACAACGUUGAGAGAAAAUUAUAGUACAGCACAUCAACCGACCUUCUUUGAACACCAAGCUCCAGCAUCAUCUCCAACAGCUUCCACGCUCGCUUGGACCCACCAGAACAACUCACAGCUUCCAAGUCCCUUUGGCAUUUUACCUCAUGAAAGCGUUGUCCCCUCGUCACCUGCACCACCGUCGACAAAAGCUAGCAAUGCCGUUUACGAAAAUACAUUCAACGCUCACUUUGCUGCAGCUCAGACAUUGAACAAUCUCAAUUCGCAGCUAUCAUCUCCCAACGUCACAGUUGCAGAAUUCAAGCCCACAAGUUACUCCGACACAAAAAAAACUGUGAACGUGCGACCUCAGUCUCCCGCAGUUACUGCGAAGGUAGUAGUGUCCACGUCUCCUGGCACCGGGAGCCAAACAUUCUUCCAACCCACUACCUUCAGCUCCGAAACCCUAACCGACAACUAUCCUACGGGCAACGGGAAUCAAACGUCGAAUGGAAAGGUGCAGGCAGCGAUCCAGCAUCAGCAAUCCUGUAUUGUCUCAACGCCUAGCAAUGUGCAGGGUAAGGAGUACAGGAUUCCCCAGCCUUCAACGAGGUCGAGCGCUCCGGCUUCCAUUUUUCUCAACGCUAACAGUCCGGUCAGGUCGGCUCCGCAGGUACAGGACAAGCAGGCCACUCGGAACAGCGGUUUUGCUUCGCCAACUGGUAAAGGUAAUACCUCGCAGCAGGCCGUUCAAACGAAGGCGCAGGCGAAGGUCUAUCCUGAGUUAAACGCCCACAACGAGCACAGGAGAACGGAACAAAGUGGCCACGAGAACAGCCAAUCCUCGCCCAUCAGCUUUUCUAUCAUGGAUUCUCGAACUAUGAGCUAUGGCACGGCGAACAAUACCAAUUGCCCUACCGCUAACGGCAAGUUACCCAACAAUCAGAGGACACCCCCAACUAACAGUUUGCAAACCCACCCUCAGCAGCAACAACAACAACAACAGCAACAGCAGCAGUUUCACGUGAUGAAUCAACAGGCUGCGACGACCUAUAGACAUUAUUCGACAGGCUCCACCAGCGAUUCGGAGUAUCACCACCCUGGGAGGUCGAAGUCCUCGGCGUCGACAGAUUCCGCGUACUCGUCCAACAACUCGACUCAGAACGGACCGGACUGCAGCGUCGUUGUGCCCAGGAGGCCGAGUCCCCUGCAAGCGCACUCGCAAGCGAGUCCUCUGGGCCAUGUACCCAGUCCGGCCUAUCCGAUGUACAACAGCCCAAUGGCGACCCUGUCAUCGCCAUCGCCACUGCAGCAACACGGCGAGAACGGUGGUAACCAAUGCGCCAGCGGUCCUCAAUAUAAGACGGCAGCCCAGCAACAGGUGACUCCACCGUCCCCGUUGGAUGUGACCGUCCCCAGGCCUGCGUCCCAGGGUCAGGUGGCCUACUCAUCGGUAAUAACCCGGGCACUGGGCACAGCCGAGAGCAACAAGGCGACUUACAACACGGAGACCCGGAACUACGACCGGCAGCAAGAGUUGACCCAAUCUCAGAAACAGCAGCAACAGCAGCAGCAACAGCAGCAGCAACAGCAGCAGCAACAGCACCAACAGGUCUGCUGGGAAGGCGACAAUAGGCAGACCAAUGCCUCCAGAAAAUUCUCCGUGGCGACGUAUGCCGUGACGAAUCCUGACCUGAGUCAUCCGCAGAACCUUCCCGGCCAGCAACAGGCUCAACGGGUGCUGAACAUAACAGAGAGACAGCAAGCGUAUUUCGAUUCCAACCAGGUAACUCUCCAGGAUCUGAGUAGCUGCAGGGGCGACCCCAUGAGUAUCGUGAAGAACCUGCAGACUCUGCAGCAGGGCUCCUGCCAGGUGCAACAACAGCAGCAAUCGGUGGCGGCUGGCGAGCAACAGAAGCAGGUCGAGGAGAGGCGCAAGGCCGACAGCGUAGCAGUCGGCAGGAAGAGGAAAAGCUUCGAGAAAACUUCGCCUGGACACGGACCCUCGUCGCUGAACGACCUCGGAGGUGCAGCCGCCAUGACCGAGUAUCUUGGCAGGAUACCGCCACCCGCGCAUCACAACGCCGCCAACCAACAACAGCAGAACGGUUACUUCGACUUCGAGCGGUGGAACAUACCGCCGCCCCCCUCGAAAAUGUUCGGCUCCCAAUCGGGUCUCCAUCACGCCGGCAACUUCGUCGGCGGUCCCGCUCAUCAGCAUCAACCGUUGAUGGUACCGCAUCAUCACGCACCUCCGCCGAUCCCGUACUUCCCGGCGUUCCACAUACCGCCCGGUCAUCAACCUCAUCAUCCUCACGAGUUCCAGACCUCGGUGGAGAUCGCGCCGGUGGGACUUGCCGAAGGGCCCCCAAGCCAGACGCCUGGCUACGGCCAGGAGAUCAGGGACGACCACCGGCCCAAGGUUAUCGUGCCCAAUAUCGAGGAGGAGUUGGGCUUCUUGCAGCAGGCGCCGCAGCCCGCGGAGCCCCCUAACAUGGUCGGCCGCGAUCUGAAGCGGAGGGACCCCAACUCGGGGUUCAUGACGAGCUACCUCAAGUUCCUGCAGGGUGAGCGGGAGCCCUCGCCUCCGCCCGCGAUCAGGGGCGGCAGGAAGGCGACCUGGAGCCGAUCAAGACCCUAUGUCUCGGUGACGGAGGCUUCGAGUAAUCCAGAGGCCACUGCCAACGGAGACACUAAUAGGCCUCGGGUCGAGAAACCACCGCCGCCUCCCAAGGAGACCCCGGUGAUAGAUUACGCCAACGAUCCCAGAUAUUUUCCCCUGCCCAAGGAGAGGAAGAAGCGGAACUUCGACUCCAGCGACGAUGGCUUUACCAGUGACGAUGAUUUUCCCUUUCCUCUGAAAAGGAACGAGAAGAAGACCCCUAGUGCUAGUGUUUCUGGUCAGGCCGACCCCGUGGCUCCCAAGGCCGAGGCGAAACCCAGAAAGGGGAGGCCUGUUAAGCCAGGAGGUCCCACGGACAGGAAGCGAAAGGCCGCCGCGGCCGCUGCAGCCGCUGCGGCUGCUGCGGAAGCCGCUUCCGAGAAGACUGCUGGAAAGGAUCGAGAUAUCUCGGGGAAGGGCUCGAAGAAAGUCGAAGAAGUGGAUCCUUUGUUGCUACCACCGAGGCGCGAAACCUCCAGAAGGAAAGCCAAGGAGAAGACGUCGGUGAAGCAGUUCCUGGAUCGUCAACAGGGUAUAGAUUAUUUUGAUAACGACGAGGAACAGGGCGAUUCUGACUCCGAUCCUGCCUGGACCCCUGCGGCGAAAUUGGUCGGUGACGAGGAAGAGAAGAGGAAAAAACGGGGUAGGCCAGUUAUUACCAAGAGGUUCAGAAGGGUCGUCGACGAAGAUGGUUACUCCUCGGGUGAAGUCCCACCCCCUAGGAAAACAAUCAGGAAGAAACACGAAUCGGCUUUAAAGAAUUCCAUUGCUUCCGUCAAAGCCUCGUCGAAGAACGACGAGAAGUCUCUGACUGCCGUAAGCGACGAGGACUUGGAUAUUUCCCCGUUCAAGUCCGGGGAAUUCGUUGUGAUCAAAGCCGAUCUGGAAGAAGAGUAUCCUGCUCUUUGGAGGAUAGACGGAAAGACGCUGCUCCAGAAGUACGAACCGUUCCAUUCCAAUGGGAGAACCCUAUACAGAAACAUAUCUACGUACUCUGGCUGGGCACCUCAGAAUCGACACAUAUAUCAACAAGUACCCGUCAAGUUCUUGCAGCAAGGCAAAAUAGAGACGAUCGUCGAGUUUCUUCGCGACGAAAUGAUCGUCGAUGACAGCGAAUGCAUCGAGAAGUCCAUGAAAGAUACCGAGAAAUAUCAGGAUCAUUUCGAGGUGUAUAUUCAGACAUUGAUCUCUCAGGCGUUGGACUCCAACUUUCUCACAGAAAUAUUCCAAGAACAAGACGACUACUUCCUGUCGAAUGUAAGAACCGUUGAUGAGGUGACGGAGGAGAGGAAACGGCGUCUUUUGUCGACAACCAAAUGGCGCACAAAUGUCAUUACGGCAAUAUCCACGUGGCCUUGUUUAAACGUUCUGAAAGAUCUGCCGCUGUCGGAAUUAAAGGGGAAACAAUGCGCUGGCUGUCAGCAGACGAAAAUUCACGCGAGAGUCUUACUAUAUGGUCAGCCGUACAAUGGUACGACAUUGGAGGGCUCACCGCCUGAUCCUAGAGUGCCUCAGGAAAAGGAUUUCUUGUUGUGCCGGCUCUGCCAGACGAAGGUAACGUUAUACAACAAGGUGGCACAUCAAAAAUACCUGAUGUUUCUAGAAUGUGCUCGAAGAGUAGCUGACAAGAGAUUAACCGAUCCUCACAAGGACACCACGAUAAUACUGAACGAGUUGCUGGCUGACGAGGCCUGGCUGAAUCAGUUGUUCAAGGAAGUCAGAGGAAUCUGGGCGGAAAUCGACAGCAUGGAACAGCAUGCGAGAGCAAAGCUGAAUACCACAUCGCUCAGCGCCAUUUUCAACCAAACGAAUGAGGCCAAGUUCAAGGGGCCUCCUACGAAAGCUACCGAGGAACCCGCCAAUAACACCGAAUUACCGAUUCCUGUCAAAAAUGCAGAUACUGACCUUCAGGUGGCAGUUACCGGUGCUAAGGACGUUGCGCCUUCUUAGUGGCGUUACGAGGGCGGUAUUCUGAAUGAUUGUCCCGAAAUUGAGAGCGCUCGUUACUAACUUAGUGAUGAAGCUGUAGAUUUCAAAAACUCAUAAAAAAGGAAGGAAAUCGAAACGGGAGGAAAUCGUUCACGAACGUGACGAGUUAAAAACUCGCACCGUGGAUGAUCUCGGCGUUCAAGAGUACGCGAUCGCGAUAGAUCGAAGGACUUUCACAACGUGUAACUCGUAAUGUGUAAUACGAAAACUUUAGGCACACUCACAGUUUAGAAGGAACAGGACGUGUAGAAGUUAAUGAGGAGAGCGGGAACCUCUCACAGUGGAACAUAUGUAACAUACUCAUCCGACGACGUUAACAGUUAGGAUCAUGCCCGACUUUUGCCAUUACGAAUAGAAUACUUGUAACGAAUAGUCGGUAUCAUCUGUGUGAAUAUAGACGUAUAGUUGUAGUAUUUGUAAGCUUGCCGAUUCAGGAAGAGGGAACGCCGUGGUAAGAUUCACUGCCUCCGAAGGGCUUUGGGUCGGUCUUAAAGAACGACGAAAAAGACGGUACAUGCAUGAUCGGUCUGAAUUCUGUGAAGCUCAAAAUCUGGACAAUGAUGAUACAUCUUUAGACGAUUUUAUCGUUCAGAGGAAACGUCGGUGAAACUGCUAGAGCAAAAAAAAAAUGAUUCCUAGUUUCGUUUUUCUUAGAGACGCCCAAGACUUGAAACGCAUCCUUAAUUCUUAAAAUCCUCAGUUCUUAAGAAUGUGUAUAAAUUUUGAAAAAUAAUUCUUAAAUUACUUUACAAUAAUAAGCAGAAGUAUUUAACACGUUUCUAGGGUGAUAGAUAAGAAUAGAAUGAAUAUAUCUUCUGCGAAGCACUUCAGCGAAACUAACGAAAUCUGGUUCCUUUAGGUAUUCCGAAAAUUCAGUACAGAAUAGCUUGGGGCAUGGUUUGAAGUUUGGAUAUUUUACACAUUCUUAAGAAGAACGGUUAAAAAAUUAGGAUUUGUUUCAGGAGUCGAGGUUUCGUGACUCGAGUGAUUAAUAUUAUUUCAUCAAUUUCAACUUCAUUUAUUUCGUCAUUUUCACCGACGCCUUUCUUUAAGAUGGGUUCUUGCGAUCACGGAGUUGAGAACUGACCAUAAGGCGAGUUUCAGAUUUUCUCGGCAUUGCGAAUCGAUUGCAACUGGAUUCCUUUUCGUACAAAAAAGAUUUAAAAGUGCCGAGAGAAUCCUUAGAGUGAUUUAGUGCAGAUACUGCGCUGUUUCCAUAAUUUCUUAUAUGUAAUUGCAAUUUCAUUUGAAAGUGCAAGCGUCACCUCUCGGUUUAUUUAAUUUGAUUAAUUGGCCUGCUUCGUCAAUUAGUAUUUGUCGCAAUUAUUUAAAAUGAAUCCAAUGUCGGAUUUCAUGACGUCGAUCACUCGUACAUGGUUUCGCAUUAAAUUGCGAUUAAGUUAUUUUAACGUUCAUUAAUUGCAAUGCUCAUGCGUUUCUUUCGUCAUCAGCGUUUAAACAAGUACUAAAACCUCCACUACCUUGACGAUUCUAUAUUAAUAAGACGGCAUUGAAGGUAUGGCACCUUACUCGCCUCUCAAUUCUUAGGAUCUUAUUUGUUAGCAUCACUGUAAUUGUUUGAAAGCGAACGACGACUGUAAGCACUAUUGCAGAAAACUUGAGCAAAACAACAAAAAACAUGGAGUCAUUGAUUAAGUGAUUUCUCGAGAGUACUGUAUACAGUAUUUUCGACGUGAUAUCUUCCCCUCAAGCCGUAGAGCCAAUCGCGAGUUCCUUUCGUUUAAUCUGCCACCGACAUUGGAGUCUGAUGACCUUACGAUAUUUUUGUUGCGCUGGAAAAGAAUGUCGCAUUAGUUUUUAAAUAUACCUUCCAUAGUAGGAUUUAGAGAACUAGGAACAGAGCGCCACUCGCUGACAUUUUAUUGUACAUUCAACUACACAUUUUAGGUGAUAUUAUUAUUAAUUGCUAUUAGUUAUAAUUCUCAUGAUUAUUUGUUCAAGCCUUAAGCCGUUUAAGUUUUUAGUAUAUUUCCAGAUUUGUUAGAGAGAGGAGGUGAAAAAAAAAGUAAGAGAGAGAGAGAGAGAGAGAGAGAGAGAGAGAGAGAGAGAGAGAAUAUCUUUAGAAAUGAGCGGUGUGAUAUAUGUGCGGCGCGAAUGUAUUUUUCGACGAGGAUGUAACAAAUUAUAUUUGUAAAUUGUAAAGAUAUAUUAACGAAGGAUGACAGUGGGUGUGGCCACGAGGCUGGCUGGUGCAUCUAGGCGAAUUUCUUUCGUUAUUGCGUUGCGACAAGCCGUUUCAAUGGAAAGGAUGAAUGCUGCGCUAAUUAUUUUAUUCUCACGGGAAAUUCGUUCGUUUAUUUAUGGUAAAUUAUCGGAAGAAGGAGGAUAUUUUGGAGUAAAAAAUGCGGGCAUUUCAAAUACUGGCAUCGUGAAAAUAAAGGAAGGAAUACGCAUUUCUGUGUGGGAGGCUUUCAUUUAAGAAAAUGUGCCAUGCAAUAGCUCGUCUCGCAAUUGGCUGCCGUAACGUGUGAAGAUUCGCUGGUCACUCCAAUUUUUCAUUUCCAUCUUUUGCUCGGAUUAGAUUGGACUUGAUUGGACUAGAAUCCUCACGUUAUUGUUUCCCUUUAGCUUCGAACGAAAAAGCGGUUUUUCCUGAUACAGAAUAUCACAUAAUUAAUUUUUCGAAUUUUUUGUAUGACUUCAAUGCUGAAGUUUCAACUCGUUAGUUUUCCCAGUGAGUAUAUUUGUUUUUGUUUCUUUGUGUACUGUACAUAAACGGAUAUGUUCCUUGAUAAUUUGUAAAUAUCUUCAGAAUUUAUUAAUCAACGUAGAAAUAUUACGGCUGACUUGUCUGAAAAAAGAUUUUUUUAUUUUUUGACCAAGGCUGUAUAGACGGCUCCGAAGAAUUUCAAAUCUUCCACACGAGUAGACCAUCGUUUCUUCGGACGUAGGAGCCAGCUAAAAGAGCAACGCUUUUAUCAACACUAUUAUGUAGAUCGAAACUAUUAUUAUUACUGUUAUACUAUUGUUUCCUUUUUAGAAUACUAAGAUAGAAGGAGGCAGAGAGAACCAAUAUGUUCAAUUUUACAUGUCCCAUUCGAUCCUGUCGUGCUCCCAUUGCGACUAUGCGGAUUCUUCGUCGAGUAGUAACAAAUCGCAGUAUUUUCUGUUAUUAUCGCUGAAGGAGAUGAAGGAAAGAAAAGAUAAAUAUGUGAAGAUAUGAUCAAAAUAUAAAUAUUAUAUUAUAUAUAACGAAA